CACGGGGGGGAGAGGAGAGGCGCUCUGGCUUCUGCGGGGGGCGCGGCUCUGCUGUUCGCUCAUUGGCUGCGCCGAGGUUCUGCUCUUCGCUCAUUGGCUGCGCCGAGGUUCUGCUGCUCGCUCAUUGGCAGAGCCGAGGUUCUGCUGUUUGGCUGUGCCGAAAUUCUGCUGUUCGCUCAUUGGCUGUCAGCGCUAAACGGGAAAAGGAAGAGGGGCCAGGAGCUUUGUGCGGGGUUGUUAGAGGCCAGACUGUUCAAGUCACUUGGGAUCUACCUUCAAGAGCAGCUGUAAUGAUGCUACCCGAUGCAGCAAAGUAUCACUUUCCAUGGGAGGUAAAUUUGGCAUCAAUCCCUGAAAGGAGGACCCUCAGAACAUUUGGCAGAUUACAUUCCUAUGAUUUGGUCAGCUCCAAAGCUAUUUUAACAGCUCAACACGGCUCGGUUCAGCGCAUCUGGGUCUGUACCAAGUUGAUGGAACCAUUGCGAGCCCAGCUUGGAUCUGUAUAUAUUGUCCUGGGAGAAACUGAACUUGGGAAUGGUGACGAGAUGGUACUAAAGGCCCGAGUGUUUACAUGUGUAGAAGGGAUAAACCUUCCAUUGUUCGAGAAGGCCAUAUUGGAACAGCGAAAAUAUUUCCGGGAGAGAGAGAAGCAGCUGGGGAGAAGCAAUUCCUAGUUCAAUGCUUUAGAAGGGAUUUAUUGCUGACAGACUCUUUUAUAGCGAACACAGGCUGCUCAUCCCUUGCCUUCACUCCUAGAUCGCCUUUUGUACAAUUUUGAGUGCCGUAUUAAAUGUAAUGUCCAUUUUAAAGUACAUAAUGGUUUUAUUCUCACAGAACGCGUAUUUACUUUCUGUAUUUGGGAUUGCUUCCCGUUGUUUAAUGUUGUACAUUGUAUAAUGUUUGUAAGUCUUGACCAUGUUUAGAAUGCAUUUGUGUCGCUUAAAUGACUAACAGCAAUUGCAGAUCUCUAUAUUAGCAGCUGACUUAUUAUGGUAUCAAAGAAUCAUAGUAUCAACUCGUACCUCCUUGGAAGCAGAUGCAUUUAGUAAUGCUUCAUACACGGUAUUUUGAAGCAAUGGAAGUAAGAAGCAAGCUUUGAUAUAGUCUGUGGUAAAAAUAAACUUUAAUAAUGACCUCAA